AUGGGGGCGUUGCUGCCCCGGAACAGCUCCACGGUGGGGGCCUUCAGCUGUGGGCGGCUGCGUCUGCCCAGGGCUCGAGGCCCAGGCUCCACAUCAGCCCGGACCUGGGAAGAAGGACCCGUGACGGUCCUGUCCCGAGUCUGGCUGUGGCUGGUGGCCGCUGAGACACAGGUGCUGGGCAAGCGUGGGAGCGUGCUGGGCUGGGACGCGCAGACGCCGGCCCCUGGAGCUGUGGCUCUUCGCCCUGCCUGUCCCUUCUCCCGCCCGCUCGGGGCAGGGGGACCUCCGUGGCUUUGUCCCUGUCAUCACCGCUGCUGCAGGUACCAGGUGGCUGUGAUGCAGCGGGAGGAGGAGGAGCCCAGCAGCUCCAGCAUCUACAGCCUGAAGGACCCCUGGACCCUCAGCAGCCUCAGCAACAACUAGACCAUCACGGGGCAGGACCUGGUGGCCUGGGUGACAGCUGGAUUCCUGCACAUCCCGCACGCAGAGGACGUCCCCAACACGGUGACCGUGGGCAACGGGGUGGGCUUCUUCCUGCGGCCCUACAACUUCUUCCACGAGGACCCCUCCUUCCGCUCUGCCGACUCCGUGUACUUCCGGGAGGGCGAGGACGCCGGCGCCUGCGAGCUCAGCCCCCAGGCCUGCCCGUCCCGGGCCGCCGCCUGCGCCCCCCACCUCCCUGCCUUCUCCCACGGGGGCUUCUCGCACGACUAGGGGCGGGUGAGGGACAGGCCGGCCUGGCUCCCCGUGUCCUUCCUCAGCCCUGCUGUCCCCUGCACGGCCCUCCUCCCGCUGUCCUCUGGGGCCUCUGAGCCCGGGGUGCCCGUCGGGAGGCACGGGUCCUGCUGGCCCCGCUGUGCUGAGCCCGCCAGGGAGGAGGGGACUGCCCAGCCAAGCUGAGCGGUGGCCACGCUGUCCCCACAGGAUGCCUGGGUCCUCUAAGUUUUUCCCUUGUUUUCACGAAUGAGACUUAAUUCACUACUCAAAGUUCACUGGUUACGGUUUUCCAUCCGGGCUCCAAGUGCCACAAGCAGUGCCACUUAUUCCAGAACAUUCUCAUGGCCCCAGAGAAACCCCAUUCCCGCUAGCUGUCACCCCACUUCCCUGAGUCUUUCCACAGGUCUAGAGACAGUCGAAUCUCCUUCCUGUUGGUGAGGAUCUGGACGUACCUACGACUGAUAC